UUAUUCUCAUUUUCUCCCAUCUUUUAUCCUGUGUGUCUGUGGCCCCACAUUCUCACAGUUCCAAAGAGCGUCACAUGCCACCAUGCGGGCUGUUCUGUGCAGUGUCGUCCUAUUCUUCUGCCUCAUCAUUCUCACUGAGGCCAAGCGCCAGCCUGGUCAGGAGAGACGUGACAAACCUCGCCAGCCUCAGCCAUCAACCCCACCAAUCAAGAGACUCAGAAACCGCUCAGUGCUGAGUUCUGGACAGCUGAGUACUAAGGAGGGCCAUCGCUGCACCUGGCAGACGUCUGGUGAAGGAUUGGUGAGCCUGCUGGUGAACUGCAGCAUCGAAACAGAAGGAAACCCGGACAGAUAUUUGUGUUGUUACGCUGGUAAGCCAGACCUCUGCCAGGCCUAUGGGGUGAAAUCCAGCCAGUACUGGAAGCAGCUGGUAGGAAAGCUGAAGAAAAGGGAGAAUGCCUGUGAAGGAGAAAAAGUCCUGAAGGCCAAAACAUGUAAGAAGGCUCCUGCUGAGGCCCACAUGAAGCUGGCCCAGUGCAAUGGAGAGAAAAGGAAUGGAGGAAAAGAAGGAGGGAAAAAAAGUGUAGAUGGUGGGAAAAUCUCAGAUGGGGGGAAGGUAGAGAAGAGAAAGAAGAAAGAAAAGAUUGAUGAGGAGAAGAAGAAGAGGGAAGAGAGGCUUGAUUCUGAGGAUGAAGGAAUGGUGAAUGACAUGCCGCCAGUGCAAACUUACUGUAGCGAGGGAUGGCACUCAGUCUGCUCCUUCUUUGUUAAAUUUUUUGAGGGGUAAUAAAAAGUAGAAAUGUGAUUGGUUUGUGAUAAAAGAUACACAUAACAAUCUGUAUAAAUACAACUGAGGGAAGCUAUUGUUAAAGAUUGUAUGGAAGACCAGUCUGCUUGCAAUAAAAUGUUAAAAAUCUACAAAUAUGUUCUCUCAACAAUAAAAACACUUUAACUUGUAUUUGAUCAUAAAAUCUUUGGUAAUAUUAGAUUUUGUUUUACUUUUAGGCCCCUUGACAUUUAAUUUGGAACAAUAUAAUUGUAUUAAAUGCACAGUAUUUCUUUAAGACGCAUCAAAGCUAUCAAAUUUGAAGAAAGGCUAUGAUCAUGAUAAAUAUGCUUCACUGUCAUUUCUGUUGAAUUAACCCAAUAUUGUGAUGUAAAUCAUUCUUUCAUUAUUAAAAAAGUAGGUUGUUUGAUUAUGUUCCAUACUGCAUUUUGUAAACUGAUCAUAUUUGGUUUUAAUUUUUUAGUUAUUUUUAUGGUUAUAGUUUAUUUCUGUAUUCUAGAAAUGCAAACUUACUGUAUUGCAUAUGCAACUGUGAGGUGAUGGAGCUUUUUAAACAAAUACUUUAAAGUUUUGGUAGGUAGAAUUCAGUGAUCUCGACUGAUGACUGUGAUAACAUUUGCAGUCCAUAGACUAAACCAUGUUUUUAUUAAUCAUUAUUUAUGUUAAGUCAGAUUAAACUUUUUAAAACCAUUUUAUAACUUCUGUACAGAAACACUUGGUAAUAAAUGCUUAAGU